UGUUGACGCAGACGAGUGAAAAUAACAACUCAGUGAUUAACCUUGUUAUUCUGGUCGUGUCAUUUGCGUAUGUUCAAACUUUUUCUCAGGUCCUAAAGGUUAUCGUCCAUCGUACUCAACGUAAGGAGCCCCUUUAAUACCCAUUGAUAGAAUAUAAAUGGUCCAGAAAAGUUGGUCGCGUUUCUCUUCCGCAGUCAAGGCUUCAUGUCUAGUGCUAGUAUUGUUUCUAGAAUUCUGUAAGAUUGAUAUACGUUUUCUUCGUCCACCACCUCUUGCUCUUCUAGUCCUUCUUUCGUUUCUCGGCCUGAUAGAUUACGACCAACAUCGUGUAUACAAAAGUUGCAAUAUUGAAAGCUCUUUUAGACUUUACGUUUACAUACUUUCCUGUAUGAUGUGAGAUUUCUUUUUCGCUUAUUUCCCCGAACGAAAAAUCAACAUUUCACACUUUUUUUGACUUUUGGUUUUCCGUUUUAAGCUUCCCGUGCCCGUCAUGUGGACGUGUUUCUGCUCGCCUUUGCUUCCCGGAGGAGGGCCUAGCAGUUACCAUUACGACUUGCUUAUGCUUUUGUUUUUGCGUUUGCCGUCGACCACUGUUUGAAAAGGUAAGAGAGGCAAAAAUCUAUUGAAAUGCAGUUCUUUUACUCGUCCCAGGGGGACAACAUGACGGAAAGCACCGAUAAUCCCUUGCGAACGAAAAUGGCUGGAGAAUACCAGGCGGAGACCAACGUGACACAGCCCAACAGCCCUUCCUCUGUCAGUGCAGGGUAAGCUCUUGAUUGCCUCUUCCGUCAUCUGCUUAUUUUUUUGCUAGGUAGAGACCGAGACCGCGACCCACUUUCGAAGAAAUGAGUCGUGGUCUUUUACUUUUCCUUUUCUCGUGUACGAGGACUAUGGUGCGCUCUCCUUGUGCCGUGCGCACGCGCAGAUAUCUUUGCCACCUAUGUAUCUUGUUCUAUGCCCGUAAGUACAACUACAGAUCGCCUUCAGGAGGAAACUUUUCUGAAACUUCCUAUACCACACAGGAAUGGUCCUGCGGUGCAGCACUUUUCGUCGGUAGAACAAGCCGAGCACCAGAUCGAGCCAGCCUCCCGGCGGGGUCGCACCAAUUCCGACGAGUACCAGAAGAUGAAGAUGAAGGAAAACGUCAACUCCGCUCUGCAGCUUCUCUUUCAGCGCAUCGCUCGGGAGAUCGAACAGAAACAGCCCCAAAACACGAUUCACUUCAUCGUCGACUUUCUCUGCAAGCACUACAGCAAGCAUCUGCAUGGGUUUGCAAGCAUCUGGAACGCCGAUCCAGAGCUCGAAAAGGAGCGGCAGGAAGUGGUGCACUUUUUCAAGCACCACAAAAUCUCCACGCAAAUUUCGGCCCACUUCACAAACGCCGGCUACGAUACUCUGGAAACCCUCGCAACGCUUACCACAGACACGCUGGCAGACAUUGAGGCCUUCAACAGUGUCAAGUGGCUCCCCGGGCACAAGGUCCUGAGUUUUACAUUUACAAAACUGCCAUGCAUAAAGAAGUACUAUACAACUCGUCUUGAAGACGAGAACUUGAAUGAGACGAGGCAGAGGAAGGACCGGAUUUUCUUUCAAUUGUUGCAUUAGAAGUGGUGGUGCACCCUCUCUCUCACAGACACGAAGUGUCGGUUGAUUCCGAAAAAAAAGCUCGUUGCUGUCGCUCAUGAUCUAGCGAUGUUUUAUAAACAAAACAGGUGCGUCUACAGCAGGUUUUUAGUGACAUUGGAGAGCGAGUCCGCGAGUUUCGACAGCGGCAACCACCCCUUGGCUACGGUGCGUCCCCCGGCGGUUACAGUCUGAGCCCCGCAGAUAUGCAGCAGGCGGCGUUACGGCAACAAUAUGCAGCGAUGCAGCUGGCAGGUAGCAGGUCAUCACCGCGAGUGUGCGUUUUUCGUUGUUCUUGAGGAGAAGUGGAAAAAAAAAUCCAUCCUGCAUUGUUGAGAUUCAGAUUCUUCCUAGCAGAUGAUAUUUAGAUCCUGAUGAUAAAUCAAUAGGUGUAGCUGCAGGAAAUCGAUCAUGAUGCAUCGUCCCCUUCUUAUUUUUAAAAAUCGUAAGAGCUUCGCAACUCAUACAGUCCAACACCAGCAGCAACAGGCACUGGCCCUUGGUAACCCCCCAGUCGUGGUGUCUCCGGGCGUAAUAGCCGCCACUGCGCCGAGUGGUAUCCUCCCAACGACCACAUCCUCUGCCGCAUCAGCGCCGCAAGGUUUGCACCAAGUAGGAGCAGCCACAGUUACAACCACCCCCGCCACCGGUGCAGCAGCACACGUGGGGGGUGCGUCCUCGAUGGCGCCACCAGCAACAGCUACCCCGACGUCGACAACAACCACGUAUGCGCUUCAGCCGAAUGGUACCUUAGCCGCCGUAUCCACCAGCUCCGCACCACAGCAACUCUCUGCCCCUGCCUAUCACAAUGAAAAAUGCCCCCUCCCCAUAUCAAAACUGAAAUCUGUCAUGCAGAUUUGUGGUCACAAAUCAGCUUUGUGAUGCUAGAAGGCAAAAGAUGCGGACAGUAGUGCUGUCUAGCGUGGGAAAGCCUUGCAGCCCCAGGAUGACAGGAGGCAACUGGAAGUGUGAAACAGCAUGACAGAUUGCCUGCAAUUUAGGCCGCAACUUCGUCUCUUGGCCUUCUAGCAAUACAAGUCGAUUUGUGUACUCAAAUACAGCAUCGUACACUAGUGCUGCAUCGUACACCUGUUUCAUAGUGCUGAAACGACCCGGCUUUCACUAGGGGGAGCAUUCGUACACUUUGUGCCCUCCGGGACUAUGCCUCUGCUUCCGUCUAAACUGAGGGGUCCACUUAUCCCUCUCGGUAUUCGGUCGCAGGGAAGGGUUACCGGGGUCUCCCUCGCAUCGGUUCUCGAUGUCGGGUGUGAGUUUGUGACUGCGGGGGCAGUGGUUGGCUUAGGUUUGUGGAGUACUUCUGAAAAGAGGCUCCCAUUCCUUCUUCCAGGUAGCGAUCCUAGAUCGCCGCCACGCGGAGCCACCCCCGUAUUUCACCCCCAGGGGGUUGUGGACCUGGCAAAACCGAUGAGUUCGGGCUGCUGACUGUUCCACCUCCCCUAAGUGUGAUCAUUGCCGCCUCACGCCUCAAAUACAGCAUCACAAAUUCGCGCAUCUUUCGUUUCCGAUAUGGGGUGGGGGCUUUUUUCACUUUGAUACUGCCGGCUUCAACAUCCCGGGAAUCUCCAUUGGCGCGACCCGCUUGCCCUCCACCUCGUAUGAAAGUACACAACUCCUUCUCCCCCUCAUUUGUCAUGCAAAAUACCCAAUCCACCCUUUGCCUCUUGACACUGUUUGCAUGACAAGUUCUGGUAGCCCA